CCGCCUCCUCAGCUAAUCUUGGUCCCGGCCUCCCCAAGAUUCUCUUGUUCUUUUGGAAUUGCGUCUUCCUUUGCUGCCUCUGCUUCGCAGCAGCAUCCGCGUGCGGCGGCGUGGAACAAGUGCUGUGCGUGCCAAUUUGAACUUCUCGUGCGGUACUCGAGGUGAGAUUUCACCUCGUCCACGUUCUUCCUCACCGCCAAAGACCCAAGGGGGAGAAGGAAGGGAAGAGGCGGAAUUUCGAUUGGUUGGUUGCUGCGUGAAUCCGCGGGAUUCAGGCUCGAGUCUCCCUUGAAUUGCGGCGUGGGCCAUGGUUCUCUCCUCCAAUUCCACCACCAAGGCAGCAGCUCAGCUGUGAAAGUGACAGCCCGCAGUGUAGUGCUCUCUAGCAGCCUGCUGCUGGCCUGGGCUCCAAUGGCGUCCUCACCUUCGCCUUCCCCGAUCACCAUCAGAGCCACCUCGCCGCCUUCCACCGCAACCCCGUCGCCGGCAACCACCACGCCCAAGCCGGAUUCCCCGGCCCCGGUGACGCAGCCCAAUGCUACCCCGGCCGACCCUCCCUCAUCGCCGGCCGCGCCUCCUCCCCUCCCGCCUCCCGCGUCCACGCCACCGCCACAGCUCCCUUCUCCACCGCCCUCCUUGCCUCCGCCCCCUCCGGACGCCGUGCCACCACCGCCGGUUGUCGUUGCCACUCCGCCACCCGCCCCAGCAGCCGUAGUGCCUCCACCCUCGUCGCCUGCUGCAGUACCCCCACCGCCUACACCUGCUGCCCCGCCAAAGGCGUCGCCUAUACGCCCCCCUGCGGCCGCGUCGCCACCCCCAUCCAAUCUGCCAGCGCCCAACCCGCCGGCGGACCCAACGCCGCCGACAGUAGCACAGCCACCUCCGCCACGGCGCCGGCCACCAAGAUCGCCUCAGACAGAACCUCCACCCCUGGCACCACCACCUUCUGGAAUUCCUGUCGAACCUUCCCCAACCAGUCCCUCACCGACGUCCGCAGAUCCUUCGAUCCCCACUCCCUCUAGCCCCUCGUCUCCAGGGACGACACCGUCUACACCAGGCUCUGAUGGCACUCCAUCGGUGCCAGCCCCAGCAACGCCAGGUGACUCAGUUAGCCCGGUAACAACCGGGGGCCAAGGUUCCAACAAGUCGUCGAGUCCAGCCUCGCAGAGCAGCAGCUCCUCAGUAGACAGUGGUGGACUGUCUUCUGGUGCAAAGGCAGGCAUUGGGGUAGUCGUUGCCAUUAUUGUGCUUAGUUUGGUUGGAGCAGCAUUUUGGUACAAGAAGAAACGGAGGAGAGUGCAUGGAUACCAUGCUGGUUUUGUAAUGCCUUCACCGGCCUCGACUCCUACACAAGUGUUAGGGUAUUCGGCCAAAACAAACUUCAGUGCCGGGAGUCCUGAAUCGAAAGAUUCAAUGCCAGAGUUCAGUAUGAGCAAUUGUCGGUUCUUCACUUAUGAGGAAUUGUAUCAGAUCACAAAUGGCUUCUCAUCACAGAACCUGCUAGGGGAAGGUGGGUUCGGAUCAGUGUAUAAGGGUUGCUUGGCUGAUGGAAGAGAGGUUGCGGUUAAGAAACUGAAAGAUGGCGGCGGGCAGGGGGAACGUGAGUUCCAUGCUGAGGUGGAUAUUAUCAGUCGUGUGCAUCAUCGCCAUCUAGUUUCUCUUGUGGGGUAUUGCAUUUCAGAUGACCAGAGAUUGCUUGUCUACGAUUUUGUGCCCAACGACACACUUCACUAUCAUCUUCAUGGACGUGGAGUACCAGUUUUGGAGUGGCCAGCUAGGGUUAAAAUUGCGGCUGGUUCGGCUCGUGGAAUAGCCUAUCUUCACGAAGAUUGUCAACCCAGAAUAAUCCACAGGGAUAUAAAGUCCUCCAAUAUCUUGCUGGAUAAUAACUUUGAAGCACUGGUUGCUGAUUUUGGUCUUGCAAGGUUAGCUAUGGAUGCUUGCACUCAUGUAACCACACGAGUGAUGGGAACUUUCGGGUACCUUGCUCCAGAGUACGCGUCAAGCGGCAAGUUGACUGAGAGAUCUGAUGUAUUCUCAUUCGGUGUCGUCCUCUUGGAGCUUAUUACUGGUAGAAAGCCUGUCGACGCAUCAAAGCCAUUGGGUGACGAGAGCCUUGUUGAGUGGGCUAGGCCAUUGCUCACGCAGGCGCUUGAGACCGGCAACGCCGGGGAGCUGGUGGACGCCCGGCUUAACAAGAACUACAACGAAGUCGAGAUGUUCCGUAUGAUCGAAGCUGCUGCAGCUUGCAUUCGGCAUUCAGCAUCCAGGAGACCGAGGAUGAGCCAGGUCGUGCGGGUGCUCGACAGUCUCGCUGAUGUCGAUCUAACUAACGGCGUGCAGCCAGGCAAGAGCGAGAUGUUCAACGUCGCGAACACGGCUGAGAUCAGGCUGUUCCAGCGGAUGGCGUUCGGCAGCCAAGAUUUCACGACGGAUUUCAGCCAGUCCAGCUGGAACAACAGCCAGAGCAGAGGUCUUGAUGCCUCUGGUUCAAGGCCAUUGUAAUCCUCCUCCUCGUCGUCGUCGUAAAUUUCGUAGAUCUAACUAGCUAGGGUGUUUCGUGAUGAUUUUUUUACCUCGUGUAAUUCUUUCUGAGUGGAUCAAUAGUGAUUGUUCUUUCGCC